CUUUAUACUUUCCUUAAAAGAAGCUGAAGUUUUCUUUGUAGCGAAGGAAGGAAUUACCUUUUUAUUUUCACACUGACCGGCGAAACAACACUCUCACUCACAGCCUGCUACAUGUCUCUGUCAACAAGGCAGCGGCGUCCGCUACCUUCCGGCGACACCUCAUCAUCAUCAUCAGAACCUUACAGUAAGGUAAACAAACCUGAUGGAUCGAAUGGCAAAAAAGAAGAAGAAAAGGGGGUGUCAUGGUUAUUUCCAAUUUUAGCUUUGGGAAUGCUGAGGUAUAUGAGCGCUACAUCAAAUAUUAUACAUGAUUGUGACGAGGUUUUUAACUAUUGGGAACCUCUUCAUUAUCUUCUUUACAACUCUGGCUUUCAAACUUGGGAAUACAGCUCUCAGUUUGCUCUUCGGUCCUACUUGUACAUUAAUUUUCACGAAUUAGUGGGUCUACCAGCUUCCUGGUUGUACGGUGAGGACAAAGUGAGAGUGUUUUAUGCAGUGAGACUCUUCCUUGGUCUCAUUUCUGUUCUUGCCGAUGCCACUCUGGUGGUUGCGCUUUCCAGAAAAUACGGGAAACGUCUUGCUUCAUAUGCACUUGCUAUGCUAUGCUUAACCAGUGGUUGUUUCUUUGCCAGCACAAGUUUUCUCCCGAGUUCAUUCUCUAUGUAUGCCAUGAGUCUGUCUUCUGGAUUUUUUCUUCUUGAUAAACCUGCUAUGGCUGUAGCUGUUGCAGCUAUUGGUGUAAUCCUUGGUUGGCCAUUUUCAAUCUUGGCUUUCCUUCCCAUUACAUUCUAUGCUUUGAAAAGAAGAUUUAAACAAACAUUUUUUGCCGGUGCUGUCACUUCUGCUGGUGCUUUAGUACUCUCAGUAUUGGUUGACUAUCACUACUACAGAAGAUGGACAUCAUCUGUCUUGAAUCUUUUACUCUACAAUGUCGCAGGAGGUGGUGAGAGCCACUUGUAUGGGGUCGAAGGGCAAUUAUUUUAUUUCAGAAAUGCAUUUAACAAUUUCAACUUCUGUUUCGUUCUUGCAUUGCUUUUCCUUGGAAUUUUUCCAAUUGCAAAGAGAAAGUAUGCCCCGGACCUGCUAAUCGUCGUCUCGCCUCUUUAUAUAUGGCUGGCAUUUAUGUCCUUGCAGCCACAUAAAGAAGAGAGGUUCCUUUAUCCAAUUUACCCCCUUAUUUGUGUUGCUGCAUCUGCCGUCAUUGAGAGCUUUCCUGAUCUCUUCCGAGAUAAAUAUAGCUCCCGUGACAGUUCUGUGUGGGUUAUGAUAGCAAAACUUCUCAGACCUGUGGUUCUUAGCCUCAUAUUAUGUGCAUCGCAUGCCCGUACAUUCUCUCUAAUCAAUGGUUAUGGUGCCCCUAUUGAGAUUUACAAAAUUUUGGAGCACCAUGAUGAUGCUGGAACAGGUUCUGUGCUUUGUGUUGGAAGUGAAUGGCACCGGUUCCCAUCAUCAUUUUUUGUUCCUGAUUACGUCAGUGAAAUUCGAUGGAUUGAUGAUGGGUUCAGAGGUCUUCUUCCAUUCCCAUUCAAUUCUACCUUGGGUGGAACUGCUGCCGCUCCUCCAUAUUUUAACAAUAAGAACAAGGCAGACGAAAAGCAAUAUCUUCGAGAUCUCCAAGAGUGUACUUUCCUAGUAGAGCUGCAGCUUGAUCGGCCUUAUCCUUCACGUGGAAGCGACAUGUCAACUUGGGAGGCCAUUGCAGCAUAUCCUUAUCUAGACAGGGAGCUUUCACCUCCCUUGCACAGAUCGUUUUUCAUACCCUAUCUGUGGCAGGAAAAGAAUAUAUUUGGCAUGUACAAACUGCUCAAAAGGGUGCAAAAAUGAGAUGCGGCUGUCGCCCGUGCAGCCCCGGAAUUAUUGUUCACAAUUUUGAAUCCUAACAGCAAUUUAAUAGCUGAAAGUUAAUCCCAAACCCAGGAAAAUCUUGAAAUAACUAUAGUUGAUGAACCCUAACAUUUGUCUCCUCUUUUUUACUUUUAAUUUUUGACAAUUAUGGUGGAAACUUAAGUUGAUUAGUUUGUUGGAUUUAAUACUUGUAAUGCUUAAGAUUAAGGUAGCAUUAAUUUAUUUUUGUUCUUACAACUGAAGAAAGUGUUGUAUAAGUAUAUGUUUCCUGCUCAAUCAAUCUCUUUUACGUUUUGUUGCA